GUUUAUAUGAAUUAGUAAUAAAAAUCAACUUUAUUUCUACUUCACUAUUCCAAAAUAGAAAAUGUGGUUCAAUACACUGAUUAACUCUGAAGAGAUAGUAACAAUGCCCCACUCGGCAUCGUCUUAUAUAUAAGGGAUGAGCAAAUAUAUUUACUGUAGUUCAUCCAUAUCUCAAGAAUAACGGAUACAGUGGAGCAAUAUGUUCGGGUUUUUCGUUUUCAUUGUGUUUUCUGUCGCUUUCUCUUCGGCUGGAACUUCUAAGCACGUGAAACUCGUAGUUCCUGAACAACAAGCCCAAUCAACACACACUUUGGAAUUAGCUGAAAACUACGAAUCUGCAGGUUACGGUGUACAAGAAAUAAAUGUUCAAGACGCGGGAAGUGGGAAAGGAAGUUCGGGAGCAGAAUUGACAAGCUUAGCUCACAGUUCUGCAGUACAAGCCAAAAAUGCUGUAAGAAGUCAACACACUGCUGGAAGUCAAGCAGCUUUUGGAGUUAAAAGUAGCUUAGCUAGUGCUGCUGUUGGUGCCGCACAAACUGCGCAAGCUGCUCUCGUAGGUAAACAAGCAAUUGUUCAAAAUCUUAAAAAGCAAGCCGUCGACGCUCAACAGCAACUCCAAGCUGAAAUUGCUCAAUUACAUCAACUUGAAGCAGUAGCUGUAGCAGCAUCUAAAUCAUCACAAGACGCCCACUCACUACUGAACAGCCUCACGGCCGCUCUUGCAGCUGCACAAGCUGGUGCAUCCCAUGCUGAACAAGCCGCAGCUGAAGCCGGUAGCGCAGCUGCCUCCCAACACGCUAUGGUGGACGAAGCUAAACAAAAUAUAGCCCAAAUAUUGUUGCAGCUCCAAAGUUCUGUCGGAGAUCUCCAAGAAACGGAAGUUUCUGCACUCAAAGCUGCUGAAGCAGCACAAAUAGCACAAUCUAAUGCUGCAGCGGCUGGUCUAGCAGUUGCUGCUGCUAGUGCCAAAAACGGACAUAGUACAGGAGGUGGAUAUCAGCAUUCAGGACACCAUUACUGAAUUUGUUUAUUUCUGGUGAUUUUUUUUCAAUAAAUUUUAUAUAAAACUGCA